AUGGUGAAAGAAACCACUUACUAUGAUGUUUUGGGGGUCAAACCCAAUGCCACCCAAGAAGAAUUGAAAAAGGCUCACAGGAACCUGGCCUUGAAGUACCACCCUGAUAAGAAUCCAAAUGAAGGCGAGAAGUUUAAACAGAUUUCUCAAGCUUACGAAGUGCUCUCUGAGGCAAAGAAAAGGGAAUUAUAUGACAAAAGAGGAGAAAAGGCAAUUAAAGAAGGUGGACCAGUCAUGAGUUUUGACUCCCCCAUGGACAUCUCUGAUAUGUUUUUCGGAGGAGGAGGCAGGAUGCAGAAAGAGAGGAAAGGUAAAAACCUUGUGCAUCAACUUACAGUAAUCUUAGAAGAUUUAUAUAAUGGUGCAGCAAGAAAACUAGCUCUGCCAAAGAAUGUGAUUUGUGACAAAUGUGAAGGCUGA